CCCCACCCUGAUCUUUUGGGUGGAACUGUUGAAGCCGCCUCUCUUGUAGAGAUUCAUCUUUGCUUUGCUUUGCUUUAAGAUAAUAUAACCCCCCUCUCUCCCUUCUCCUUUCUCCCUUCCUUCCUUCAAUUCUCGUGAAAAAAAAAACCUACCUUGCUUAGCUCCUUUCAUCAACACUUCCGGCGAAGAUCAGCAAAAAGAUCGCAGCUUUAAAUCUCUCUCUUCAAUUCAUCGCAGUUCAGAGAGAGAGAUAUGGAUUCUGGAAAGAGUGGGAGUUUACAGUCAUCAAGUGGCGGCGAUGAUGAGUACGAUUCACGGGGCGGAGAUUCCAUUUCGGCUUUGCUAGCUCAGCCACGUCAUCAUGUCGUCGUGGAUUGCAUUUCCCACCACCCACAACCGCCGCAUUCCGCCGCCAUGUAUAAUCCUUUGUUUUCGUCUAAACUGUUUGAACCGCCUCUUCCGCCGCUUCCCGCGGAACACAACUCAACCCCGCCCGUAGUAUGGCCUAAAACCCUAAGACCUGAAAUCAACCCCAUGUUAGUCUCCGGCGGCGCUUUGGCCGCCCAAUCAGCUCCGGUUUCAUUUAGUGGUGCUACGGCGGCGAGUGGGGGAGCGUGUGAUCAACCGCACGUUGUACGUAACCCGAAGAAACGGUCGAGAGCUUCGCGACGAGCUCCGACCACCGUGCUCACCACAGACACCUCCAAUUUCCGAGCUAUGGUUCAGGAAUUCACCGGGAUUCCAUCGCCGCCUUUCACGUCGUCCUUGCCGUUCUCCAGAACCUUAGCCUCCCCCUCCGCCAUGAGAUCCGGCGGCGCCGCCCACUUCGCCGACAAUAUCCGCCCAUCUCCGCCGUAUCUCCGCCGCCCAUUUCCUCAGAAAAUCCAACCGCUCCACCCGGCGUUUCCUCCGCCGUCUCCUUUGGUUGACGUUUUACCUUCUUCCACCACUAACAACAAUAUCUCUUCCGGUUCAAGCAUUACCCCCUCAACUCUCCUCGGCAUUUCAUCGAACACCUCGCAGACUCUCCUCGGCAUUUCAUCGAACACCUCGCAGAUUAAAAUAGGAGGUUUCAUGGACACAUUUGCCUCAUCAAACACCGCACUCCCCAGCCUCAUCUCCCCCAGCGACGCAUCUAUGUCCCGGCGGAGCGAAACCACACCCACCAGCUUUGACGGCGGCGGAUUUCGACCGGAAAACUCAUCCACAUCCCGGCAACUCCAGUCAUCCUCCAGCAACAACAUAUUCUCCUUCACUUCCCCGGCGGCGAUCGGAAAACUCAACAUACCGGCAACUUCCUCCAAUUUUCACGGCUACAAGUCCCCGGAAAACGUCGUCGGAGCUAGCAGAGGUGAAGGUAUGGUGGAAUCAUGGAUUUGUUCUUCAGAGUAGAAAUGAUUGCGCGGUGGAAAGUUUGUGCAUCCAAAACAAUAUUACAGUAAUAACAAUGAUGAUUGCUGCGAUCAAACAUGGGAAACAAAUCAUUGCGCUUCUCCAUCAUUUUCUCUUCUUUUUAACCAUAAUAACUUUCAUCAAAAUUAUUAAACCUAAAUAAUUAUACUUUCAUCAUCAAUAAUUAUUUGUAAAUAUAUUGUUAAUACAUACCUAGUACUAGGUAGUAUA